AUGGCCUCCCACCGCAUCGGCGCGCGCGUCGCGGGCCUCUCGCCAGCGCAGCUGUGCGCCAUCAUCGAGGCGCAGGCGGGCGCGAGCGACGCCGCGCUGCGUGUGGCGGACGAGCACGCCACACGGCUCGUGGAGCAGCCCGAGUGGGUGCUCUCCGAGGUCCUCCUCUCGCCGGACCUCGUACCGCACAUCCUCGCCCAGCUGCCGACCAAGGAGCACGCCAUCAAGGGGACGUGCCGCGCGUGGCGCCGCGGCUGGAAGGAGACGCUGAAGAAGCGCGAGAGGCCGCGCCUGACCGCGCGGGUGCGGCGGCGGGCGGGCCGAGGAAUCGGCAUCGGGGUUUCGCGCGGCCAAUUUCACGCGACACACCGAACAACAAUGGACGCGAUUGAAGAGGACGCGGCAGCAGCCGAAGCGACCGCAGCUGCGAGUCGGGAGCGCGACCUCCGGCGCCUGGCGCGGGCGGGCGCCCUCGGCGAGAUCCAGGAGCUGAUAGGACAGCGAGUCAAUGUCGAUGCGGCUGACUCGAAAGGCACCACCGCCCUCAUGAAUUGCGCCGAGGCCGAGGGGCAGAGCGGCGUCGCUGUGCUGCUGGGUGCCGGCGCCGACCUCUCAAUCCAGAGCGAGAUGGGGCAGACGGCGCUCAUGUGGGCCGCACGGCACGGCAAGGCUUCGCUCGUCGAGACGUUGCUGGUGGCCCAUGCCGACCCGCAUGUCUAUUGCCACAAGGGCCGCUUCCGCGCCAUCGACUAUGCGCGCUUCCUUGGGCACGCAGCGGUGCUCGAGGCGUUCAACGAGCCCGACUGGGUCGGCUGGCUGCCCCCGCCUCUGCGCGCUACGGCCGUCCACGCCGUCCGGAUGGUGCCGGUUGGCAGUCGGAUCUGGGGCAACCCGAUGCUCUUGUCCGCGCUCGUUGUCGCCGCCCUCCGCCUCGGCCUGCAUUGGGCCUUUGGCUUGCUCAGCGAGAGAGCGACGGCCAGCUGA